AUGGAUUCUAUUCCAUAUACAGAACGACGUAAUGCAAUAACAAUGAAUAUUGAUACAGAUACUCCAGAAGGUAUUGUUGAUCUUAUACAUGAAUGUAAUAUGGAAGUUUUUAAUGGUUAUGAAAACCAUAAAGGUCUAUCUGAUGAUACAAUUUUAAACAAACUUGAUCAAUUUGUUUCACUUGUUCGAACAAAUUUACAAACUGAAAAUAGUAUAAUUGUAUUGAGUGGAUGUGGUACAUCAGGACGAAUCGGUUUUCUUGCUGCUACUUUUUUCAAUGAACUUUGUCUUCAACAAAAUCUUCCUCCAAAAUAUCGUUAUAUUAUUGCUGGUGGAAAUAGUGCUCUUGUUACAUCUAUAGAAGCAUGUGAAGAUGAUCCAGUUAUUGGUACUAAAGAACUUCAAUGUAUUACUGAUACAUAUGAACAUGUUCUUUUUGUUGGUAUUACUUGUGGAUUAUCUGCACCAUUUGUUGGUGGUCAAUUAGAAUAUUGUUUGAAUAAUCCACAAAAAUUUACACCGGUUUUAAUUGGUUUUAAUCCUAUUUCAAUGGCACGACGUACACAUGUUUCGAAGUGGAUAAAUGAUACAACAUUUUAUGAUAUUGCAUUACGAAUGGAAACAACAGCAGGUGCAUUAGUUAUUAAUCCAAUUAUUGGACCAGAACCUAUUUCUGGUUCAUCAAGAAUGAAAGGUGGUUCAGCAACAAAAGUUAUACUUGAUACAGUCUUCUAUUUGGCAUCAUGUAAUAAUAUAAUGAAAGCGAGUGAAGUAAUUGAAAUGUACAGAACAGCAGUUGGUACAAUGGAAAUUGAAGGACAAGAUAUAGCAACUGUUGUUGAACAAGCUGGAGAAUGUUUAUUAAAUAAUGCAUCUAUUCGUUAUGUCGGAUCAUCGACAUUUGGUAUAUGGGGUAUGAUUGAUGCAUCUGAAUGUGUACCAACUUACAAUUCUUCUUACAAUGAUAUUCGUGGUUUUAUGGCAAAUGAUUAUUUCCGAAAGAAUCUAAAUCCUGAACCACCACUUUCAUUUGUAUCACCUGCAUUGCAUGAAGCAACACCUGAUGACUUAUCAAAAACAUUCGAAAAUUUACCACCCUCAAGUAUAGUCGUUUUUAUUGAUAAAGAUUAUCAUUUACAAAAAUCUCUUGUUGAGAAACUUCAAGAAAAAGGACAUCAUAUUGUAUGGAUCAAAAUUUUGAGUACUGAAUCAUUCGAUCUAAAUUCUAAUGUGAAAAUUAUUGAUUUGAGUAAAUGUAUACCAUCGACGGAUGUAACUAUGCAAUAUUCUUUAGCUGAAAUAAUAUUAAAAUUAUGUUUAAAUACGAUUUCAACCGGUGCACAUGUUAUGAAAGGAAAAGUCUUUCAAAAUAUAAUGAUUGAUGUUCGUGUUAGUAAUGUAAAAUUAUUCUAUCGUGCAAUUGAUAUUAUUAAAUCAUUAGCCGGUGUUGAUUAUCAAACUGCUGAACGAUGUCUUAUACAAUCAAUUUAUCAAACUAAUGAUACUAUAAAUGAUAAAACAAUAGAUCAACAUAUUAUGGCUGUAGCUAAUAAUCAUGAUCAUGUUGUUCCUAUUGCUUUACUUAUGAGUCUUUCGAAUUGUUCGUAUACAGAAGCUAAAUUAAAAAUGGAUAAAUGUCCAAUAAUUCGUGAUAUUUGUACCGGUACUAAUCAAUCAUCAACAUAG